AUGUUCGUUGACCCAGCCGCUCUGACAAACGGAUCCUUCACGGUGAUAAAGCAUGCAUCACAUUGGAAAUCCCCAUGGUACAUGCAAAUCUCCUACAAAGGCCCUCCCAAGGGGGUUUCAGAUCCCGAGCAUAUCAUGAAAAUCUCAGCUGAAAUCCGAGCCCCGCCAUAUUUUACCUGGAACAUUGAUGGGUGCAACACUGGUCUUCGUGUUACACCCGGUCAGUGGCACCAAGUCACAGUACGUUGGGACAAAAAAACUCUCACCCUUUUAAUUGAUGAAAAUCUUUGCUGCAUCGCCAGUCAAAGAACUUUGGUUAUCAAGGCAACCUCGGACCAGCGAUUUGGUGCUCGUAUCACUCCCUUCGUGUUUAUCGGUGAUCAUAGGGUUCAAGACUUCAUUUUUAAUGGUGUAGACCUUCUCCCCACCUUCUUCCGCUAUACUCAACUCGCGGACAGCCAUGGAGGGUUAGCAUUGACUCCCAUUAACAACCAGAACGAUUUCUACUCGGUUUUCCGGCUAGACCAGUCGAAACGACUCGCAUCCAUACGACUACCUGGCGUAAAUGUCACCGUAUUAUAUGUGAAUAGAAAGCUCGUUGUGAACUCGAGGCAGCAGGAGUGCAGUGUCUUUCAGUUGCCAAAGAGUUGCGCCAUCAGUGACUCAUGCAGCGUGGAGGUGGAGCGCCGGGGCCCCAACAUCACUGUGCUUAGUCAGAAUCUGCUGCUGAACACCGAGGCUGACUCAAAACUGUGUAGUAUGGUGCCACAGCAGAUUAGUCAGACCGGUCUGAUGCCAAAUUCGCAAGUUCUUCUUUUUAAUCGGGGACGCAGUGAAUUACUCAGACGACACCUCAUACGAACCACACAUUUUCCAAGUCUGGACUGCAAUUUCGACCAUCCACAAAUCAGUUCUAGUCACUCGCCUCUAUAUCUUGUUGGUAUGUGCAAGCUGACGGAGGUAUUUCCAAGCAUCCAGGUGCAAUUUGCUGACGGCCCAUCAAAGCUACCUUUAAACGGGGUUUUGGUGACUUCAUCGAGCCAAUUAGUACUCCACCCUCUUGCGACCAAUCUCGAAUCCUACUGUCUCCGGGAUCUCCAGUUGUGCCAAUUCGGGCUGACUAUGUCCUUCUGGAUACUGCCUCUGCCCAUCACUAAGGCAUCCAAAGUCUGGCCUGUUUUGCGCCAAAGCGGACCGUCAGGAAGCCAACUGACAGUGGACCUUGUGCGAACUGAUGGCCAAUAUAACCUGGAAACGAUUGUCAGAAUUACCGCAGCAGAUAAUUUAUGGACGCUUGUGACUAUUUCAUGGUCGCACAUUGCGGGUCUCUCAGUCAGACUCAAUGGCACUCUAAUGGGUGCCGCUAGAGAGUCUUAUAGAGAGGUCUUGAGUUGGGCAUUCCCCUUUGAAGAGGGACUCUGGUUCGGUCAUCGCGGGAAGCCAGACAUGGAAGAAGGCGUGAUCAUUGACAACUUUCAGUUCAUCCCUGCGGAACUAAACUAUCUGGCUUUCGUGAAUCAGAAAAUAGAUGUUGAAUUAUCAAAUCAGGGUCUGAAGCUUUGUAGAUACAACACUUGUUUGGAUAGUUCUUCGUGCUAUCCCGUCCAUCGCAAUGACACCUCACUGGGAGAAUUUUGCCGAUGUGAGCAUCCACUACGCGUAUGCAAGGAACUUCCAUUAAUUCCCAAAAAUUCUACGAUUUCGUCACCGUCAUCGCUGCUAUUGCAAAUUCAAAAUUCACCAGCAUCCUCUUCACCAUCCCCAAAGACUACGACCACAAUGCGACCCGCAAGCGAAUCCCCACUUGCCGUGUCUAAACCCUUUUCCGUCGCAAAUCACGCCCCAAACGAACACACUGACAUGAUUGAAUUGCAUGGUUUAGCACCACAGUCGCCAACGCAAAGAAACAACGUUUCCUCCACGCCUCGGUGCAAUCCACCAUGCCAAAAUGGUGGGAAGUGUGUGAUCUCAAUAACUAAUGGUGAAUUUAUAUGCGACUGCUCUGAAACCGCCUUCUGGGGAGGUGACUGUUCGCGUGAGCAUGUCGGUUGGCUCACUCAGGAUGAAGGUGGACUUGGCAUCGAGCCACACCCCAAAUUGUUCGCAAUCUAUGGAGCAGUGCACAGUAAUAGUAAACAACGAUUCAUUUUUCGAACUCAAAUUCUUAAAGGACUGGAUUUUGCCCCGGACAAACAUAUUCGGAAGUCUGUGAUUCAGCCUUUAUUAGCCAAACAAAUGGCGCUCUUAACCGUUAAAAGUGAAUUCUUUACCUAUAGACUAGUCACGACCAAUUGCGAUCUCUUCCUCGUCACUGAAGGCGAUGCAACAUCAUCGCAAGCUCAGUUGAUUCCAUGUGCUCAGAACAGCAGGCUUAAGUUGAACGAUGGAGCUCUUCACGUUGUUGAGGUGGAGCACCACGACGUCUUCUUGCGCGCAAAAGUGGACGGUGUUGCUGUUUAUCCAGCCAAAGCGAUGUUACGGCCCUGUGACAGUUGGCUCUUUUUCGGCCUCGAUCCUCACACGAACAACCUCACCUAUGAGAAAAAGAUGAUACCUGAUAGCAAGGAGGCCAGGCCCUCGUUCGACAAUGUGUUUCUCGGGUCAUGGCCCGACGGUGAGGAGGAAUUCAAGGGAGCCAUCGGAGGGUGGGUAGUAGAUGACGAGGAGAUGAUUAUGCCUAUUACUAUGGAGCCGAAGGAUACUCCCAACACACUGUACCGUCUGAACAGGCGUUUCGACUUAUCCAAUGGUGACUUCUAUUGGAUUAGGUUGAAUUCCCUCAGCCCCGUCACCGUUCUCGUGGAUGGCGUGGUCAAGAAGACUCCAGCAGAUUCCUCCAAUACGGUGUGGUUCUGGGCCGUUGGCUGCAUUAUUUUGGGUCUGCUUCUGCUCCUCUUCAUCUGCUGGGCCUGUCUCCGUAUCCGUGGUCAAAGGGAGGCCGACAGAAAGGUGGCCUGGCGCCGCAGUUACGCACCCUUUAAGCCCAUGAUGACCAAGUCGCCGUCAUCAACCAGUCAGCUCUCCUCCAACUACUUGAUGCAUCCACUGAAGGGCAAAGAGGAAGCCCUCUCCACAUUGAUAAACGGCAGCUAUACAUCACCCAAACUGUAUAGACUUAAGGCCUACACAACUCCUUAUAACGAUGCUUCGGCAUUGCCAAUGGACAACCUUUGGCGAGCAAGGGUGCUGACUCUUCGGCCUUCCAUUAGACUCGGAAGUAUUGCUAGCUCGUGGUCUCCCACUGCAACAUCGACUACCAGUCUCUGCCCCUACGACGAGUCGGAUGAUGUUGAGGAAAUCAUUGUCACUCCAAAUGGCGAUUCGGUGAUCACACUGGCCACAAACCACGGCAUCUCUGUCAAACAAUGGAACACCUCUGAUGGCAGCUGUCACAGGGAGAUUUUGUUUCAACCCAAGGGGCAGUCAGAUACUAGGCCUUUUGGAAUUAUGUCGCUCCACGAAAAGAACGGUCUCUUGUUUGCAGACGAGGAAAAUAAUGCACAGCUCCAUCCACUCAAUGCCGACUUGCCAUCGUCUACAGUGCAAUUGCCUUCAACUAUAUGGGGCAUGUUCCCCAUCGGUGAUCUUGUUCUUUUCGUCACCGCUUCCACGGCUAAUGCCACAAAGGACUUUUUUGCAUCACUCCACUUCUGGUCACCAACCUUCAAGGCUCUGGUGAUACAGAGUCGACUAAGAGUCAAACCCUCGUGGCAAAAGAAAGGCUACCUCCCACAGGACGCUAAAAGGUUGCAGCCUCUUCUAGGUCCCAAUCAAAAAAAUCUCCUACUUUGCUGGCUGUGUUCCAGUUCUGAAGACUACUCCUUCUCCAUAACAGUCAACCUCUCUGCAGUUCAUGAGGAAUUAAAUAUCAAUGCGAAACCCUUGGUCACAUUGGAUCCGCAUAUUUCAGCAACACUACUUAGACACCCAAUGAAUUUGCAUAAAACAACUUUUCUCACAGCAGAUAUUGCUGUCACUGGCGAUACCCAUGGCACUCUGCACAUCUGGGAUGUUCAAUCCGGCACAACAUACCGUUCUGUGCAGAGCGACCCCAUUCCCAUAGAUGGUCCUCUUCUCAAAAAUCUAGCACAAUAUGAUUUUUCUCAUCUAACCGUAGCAGAGGAAGCCGGUCCCAUCACUGCGCUAGCAGCGACAGAGCCCAAGCGAACCGAGGCUGGCAGCUUCACUUGGUUCUGCUCGGGUGAUGACUCCGGGUGCGUGGUAGUGCGGCGAUGCAUGACCACGGCCAACGGUGCGUCAAGAAACGUCGCCACGAGGAUUCAUGCGAAAUUUCGGCCCUCUUUUCACACCAAUCUAACCUACUCGGCGGAUAGUGUUACAUGCGCGCGCUUGCUGAGUCGCUCCCAAUGGCGGACGAAUAAACCGGAGGCCUUCCUGGCCACUGGAGAUCUUUCGGGCUGCAUUCGCGUUUGGCUGCUGCCUCAGUGCACACAACUAGCUCAGCUCUCCGCCUCCUGCGAGUCUGGCCUCCGAGACCUUGCGCUCACGCAGUCGAAUCCCUCUACGACCCUUGCAAACCAAUGGUUGCAGGUAGUGGGGUUGGUGCGACGUGAAAAAUGCGUUGGUCCCAGCUACGAGCACGGACGUGUAGUCGUAAUUCACUUGAGUGCGAGGGAGGAAAACGGCGUGCCCAAUGCCAUGCACAGCCCCCGCAUCAGAAUUGUGCACAAGGUGUAG